GAUAUAUACACAGUAAUUAAAUUUAGGGAAAUCGAAUUAUAAGCAGAAUCAAAUUAUAUUAACAAAUUAAAAAUGGCAACUUUAGAAGACAAGUUAAUGGGUGAAAAAUUAGAGUAUUAUUGCAGCAGUAGUGAAGGUGAGGACAAUGAUGGUGAUGAUGCUGGCAGCAAUAAAAGGGGCACAGGCGGAAGUAAACAAGGGGCUACUGGUUACACCGACCCCAACGUAUGUCCCCCAGCACCGGGAGAAGGAUACCGUUCUCAGGUUUCUACUAACACUGGACCUAAGGGUGUUGUACAGGAUUGGCAACGUUUUAAGCAACUUCAAGCAGAGAAGCGCGAAGAAUCUGAACGCCAGCGUAUAGAAUUGGCCAAAAAGCUGACCAUGACGACUGCAACUGCCAAGGAAGAUGAAGAGCGGAAGCGGCAAGAGGAAAUCGAUGCUGAAUUAGAUGAACUCAUGAGCGAAGAAUUCUUACAACAAUAUCAAAAACAGCGUAUGGCCGAAAUGUUGCAACAAUGUGGUCAUGUAAAGCAAUUUGGAAAAGUUGCUAAUUUAACAACUCACGAUGAAUUUUUAAACUUUGUUGAAAAAGAGAACAAACACACCACCGUCAUAAUACAUAUUUACGAUAAGAACUUAAGCGCUUGCUCGACUCUGAAUCGUUGCCUUGAUACGCUAGCGACUGAAUAUCCGUCCAUAAAAUUUGGCAAAAUAUGUAGUUCUAUUGCUGGAAUGAGUCGCGAUUUCCGCUCUAAAGGACUGCCUGCUUUGCUAGUGUACAAAGCACAGGCACUAAUUGGAAAUUUUGUUCGGGUCACUGACGAUUUAUCAGAUGAUUUCUUCCCAUCGGAUGUGGAAAGCUUUCUGAUCGAAAAUGGCAUAUUAGUCGACAAAACACUGUAUAAUUAAGAAAAAAAUAAAUGAUGUAACUAGAAAAAAAUAGCCUAUACAAUUUGAAGAGAAUGAUAAUUAAUAUAUUUUUUACAAUGUGCGAUAAAUCAGAAUAAAGUUCGUGCUAUGUGUAACGUCGUAAUCAUCGGCAGAAAAAAAAAUUAGAGCUGUCGGUUUUGAGAUAUUUUAUGUAGCUUUGUGAAGUGUCACAAAGUUCCUAAAAGGCAAGGAGACUUAAUAUACACUCGCGUGGAUGUGUAAUUUUACGGCGCACUUCACACUGGAACCUCCACCCUUCGUAUGCGGUCCAAAGUUGAAAAACUAAUUCGCCUCUAAUGUGUUCCUUUAAAAUUUGUACAAAUGCUACAUAUGUAUGCAUAAUAAAGUUUAAGAUGAAAAUAUCAACUAAGUAUACAUAUACUAAAAUCUCAAUUUCAUAAUACUAUAUUAAGGGGUGCCGGUGGUCUAGAGCUCGAAAAGUUAGGGUAUUUUUAGCAUUUUUUUUUCACAAUAAAAAAAUGAAAAAGGAUAUUUAAAUUUUUUUAGACUUUUUAUUUAAAUUCUUUUACAUACAAAAGUGAAUUUUUUUUUUUUUUAAUUUAAAACUGGCGCUGAAGUUGACCCUUCCGAAAAAUUUGACAAAAUGGCGCGGUUUUGAAUAUUACACUCUAAAAAUCGGUUUUGUUUUGUAUUUUAAUAAAAAAAAAAUACGAAAUAAUUGAAAUCAUAAAGGGUGUUUUUUUUAGAGGUUAGAUUUUCAAGUUGGCACUACUUUUUUCGUAGAUGGUCUUUUUGACAGCUGUCACUUGAUUUAUGCUCAGUUUGGUUUGCCAUUUCAUAAUGAAUAGAUUUACACCUGAACAACGUUUGCAAAUCGUGCAAAUUUAUUACGAAAAUAAUGGUUCGGUUCGCGCGACGCAUCGAAGAAAAUUUUGUUCAGCGAUGAAGCUCACUUUUGGUUGAAUGGGUAUGUCAAUAAGCAAAAUUGUCGCAUUUGGAGUGAACAUAAUCCACAAGCCAUUGCUGAGACGCCGUUACAUCCUCAAAAAGUCACUGUUUGGUGUGCUCUAUGGGCAGAGGGAAUCAUUGGUCCAUAUUUCUUUAAAAAUGAAGCCGGCCAUAAUGUUACAGUCAAUGGAGAGCGCUAUACAGCCAUGAUUAAUGACUUUUUCGUGCCUGAAUUGGACGAUGUUGAUGUGGACGACCUUUGGUUCCAAUAAGACGGCGCUACAUGCCAUACAGCCAACGCAACAAUCGAUUUAUUGAAGGAAACUUUUGGUGAGCGCAUUAUCUCGCGCCGUGGACCUGUGGCGUGGCCUCCAAGAUCGUGCGAUAUAACACCGCUGGACUAUUUCUUGUGGAGCUAUGUGAAGUCGCUUGUCUACGCAGAUAAGCCCGAGACGAUUGACAUCUUGGAAGAGAAUAUUCGGCGCGUUAUUGCUGACGUACGGCCCCAAUUGCUGCAAAAAGUGGUCGAAAAUUGGGCCUCUCGGUUGGAAUUUAUUCGAGCCAGCCGCGGCGGCCACUUGCCCGAAAUCAUUUUUAAAACAAAUGGCAAACCCUUAUCUUUAUAAUAAAGCUAAAUUCUUGGCCAUAACAUUAAAUUAUAUACGUUUUAUUUCAUCUUGAAACCCUAACCUCUAAAAAAAACACCCACGAUAACCAUUUAUGCUGUGAACAACAUGUUAAACGAUUCGGUUGAAUAUUUUUUUUUUUUUUUUUUGACAAAACCAGGCCGAAAAAAGUAGUUUUGAGAUAUUUGAGUUUAAAGUUUUGAGAGUGAAUAUUUUCUAUUGAUUCCGCCGCGUCACGAAUCUGACUCUACCUGCUAAAACGGCUGUAGAAUCGAAAAUACUGGGAAUAUAUCGUUCCAAAAAUUUGACAGUAUAUUCUUAAAGGCCUAUACUUUCGAAAUAUUAAAACAAAAAAAACAAUUUUUUGAAAAUUCUAGACCACGGGACCCCUUAACUCAGUUAUUGUGCACUAAUAAAUACUUAAGAAAAUUUAGAUAUUACAUACUCUAAGUUUAUGUAAAAAUAUGUAUGUAAAAAUGGUAUUAUAUUUAUAUA